AUGUUUUCUCAGAUUGUUUAUUGAGCCUAAACUAGAGGCAUGAAUAAACAAGUUGGCACUAGGCCGGAUCCUACUAGUUGACUUGCACAAUGCAGUGCAACGCGAUUACAGAGGGCUACCUGUAGCCUAGUACCACUUGGAAAGAGGGGUGGAGCUCUUCCACCUGAGUACGACUACAAUACUGGAACUAUUUACCAAGAUAAGGAAGGUCAGCCAAUUUUCGGACGUGGAGAACUGCUUACAGACUACUGUCCCUACUAUAGGCGAUUGCAUAACGUUGGCACAGUCCGACUUCAAAUUGUCUGCCCAUCCUGCUCAGAGCUCUGUGGCUCCGAAUUCUGUGCGCCAGAAAAAUCUACGGAGAAACGGAUUGGUGAUCCGACUAGAACUGUCAUGAAGCCUAGCCUUCCUCUCAAUUAUGACUACCUUCGCUUGCUAUGGCUUCUCCAUGGCACUGCCAACAGCAAAAUCAAACAAAUUCCGACAUGGAAUUUCAGGGGCGACACAAUGAUGUUCACCGAACAUUCGAUGAACAGUAGGGAGUCAGGCUGUUAA